CGCAUCAGCUGUUGCGUGGGUGAAAAGAGGCAUUUUUUAUACGGUGCGGUUCCCAGAAAAAUGCAGGACUUGAGGAAAGCGGACUCGCUGCGACUUCCGAACGGCGACGGACCAGCCAACGAUGAGGUCAAGUCUCCGUUUCUGAUUGGCGUUGCCGGCGGAACGGCCAGCGGCAAAUCCACGGUCUGCAAGAAGAUAAUGGAGCAGCUGGGCCAGGCGGAAAUGGAUCACACGCAGCGCCAGGUGGUGUCUAUCAGCCAGGACAGCUUCUACCGCGAACUGACGGCCGCUGAAAAGGCCAAGGCGCAGAAGGGUCUCUUCAACUUUGACCAUCCGGAUGCCUUUAACGAGGAGCUCAUGUUCAGCACUCUGCAGAACAUCCUGCAGGGCCACAAGGUGGAGAUUCCCAGCUACGACUACCGCACCAAUUCGCUGGACUUUGAAAACAUGCUGGUUAUCUACCCGGCCGAUGUGGUCUUAUUUGAAGGCAUCCUGGUCUUCUACUUUCCCAAAAUUCGCGACCUGUUCCACAUGAAGCUAUUCGUGGACACAGACUCCGAUACCAGAUUGGCCAGAAGAGUGCCACGUGAUAUCAACGAACGUGGCCGAGACUUGGACGCGGUGCUUACCCAGUAUAUGACUUUCGUGAAACCCGCCUUUGAGGAAUUCUGCUCGCCCACGAAAAAGUUUGCUGACGUUAUUAUACCGCGAGGCGCUGACAACACAGUUGCCAUUGAUCUUAUUGUACACCAUAUCGGGGAGAUUCUCGCCACCACCAACAGCGCACAGCACAGCAACACAGUCAGGGUGGCGGCGUCCAGCAUGAAGCGAGAUCACUAAAUGCAAAUAUAAACUCGCUUCUGGGGUGGCCACUUCCCCGUCCUAACGCCGCGACUUGAGCUUGUACUAAUUGCCAAAAACUAAAGCCCAAAAGAUAAUGCAAGAUAAAGAAAACCAAGGCUCCAGCACAAUAAGACAAAUGUCCAUUAAUGAGCGCCGGCAUCGCUUCUCAUUUGGUCUUCUCAUCCUAACCGAUUAUCGUAGCCUUAAGAUUAAAAAGUAUCUUAGUAUAUACUUGCAUAUGUUCAACCAUACAUGGUAGUGUAUUUGUAAGCUCUUUUCGGUUCAUUAAGUUAACCCAACCUGCGAUUGCGUUCCCAGACUAACUCUGGUCUUAUUUUAUACCGAAAUGUUAAAGUUAAUAUUUAUCCCUGGGUCUAACCUGGUGCCUAGCCCCGAUCCGGCUACAUCACAAGGUUUUAAGCACUCUACUCACCAAACCACACCAUGUUACACAUCUAACUAUUGUAUCUAUGUUUUGAUGCCCGAUACUUUUUAACUACUCUAAUCAAAUGUAUGUUUGUGGAUGCUAUGGUAUUAGGGAUACCUCUAUUAAUUUUAUAAGCUCAAUUUCCGUUACAGUUUAACAUUUAGUAAGACUAAUAGUUGUUGACUGUUUUUUUUCAAAGCGUUUUGCAUAGUUUUCAAAUAUUGACAACUAUAAUUAUCGCCCAACGGAUAAAUAAUAAACUCUUUUCUAGAGUUUAAAUAUGAAAAACAUUUUCAGCCCAAUUAUUUAAAACACACUUUUUAAACUUAUUUUAAUUCAAAACCUAUUCGCCAGAAAAUAUAACAAUUUAUAUAAAUGUCAUACCUCUAGAGUUAGCAUGUUAAAUCGUCAGAAUUACUUCUAGCAGUAUAUCGUGUUAAUGUAAGCAAUUGUUCCAAAAGCAAUACGGAUUUCCAUAAAAAGUAACAUGGAGGGUUAUCUGAUUCCAUUUCCUAAGUACCGGGCAUCUAAAAAGUCGGCUCUUGCGACUUUAGCUUUCUCAAAUCGUGGGUACUAUAAAAACUUAAAUGCAGUCUCAAAUAUACAAAUGCAAGACAGACAACUGCCUAGCAAGACGUGAAGAUAAA